ACAUCGGGAAGGAGAAUCCAUCAUAGGAAGUGAUAGGAAGAGUCCAGGGUCCUGGAGAACGGCCUCCAGACCUUCCAAGUGAUGGAGAACCUGAAGAUCGGCCACCAGUAUGGUCAGUGAUGGAUCAUGGAGACCAAUAGUCAUGUUGUAGGAGCCAUGAGAAGGUAAGUAGGCACGUUGUACCCAGGAGGAGAGGAAGCAGAGGAGGAGAUGGCCAGUGUGUGGCCUGGAGGGAGGAUUUCUACCACUAGUCUGACAUCUAGAUGAUACUGGACUAUAACAAGGAGGCCUCCACUACAUCUAGAGGAAAGAAGGUUUCUCCACCAACAUAGAAGAGGAGUCUUUACUGUAAGAGCAGUGAGACUAUGGAGCUCUCUGCCAGAGGAAGGAGUCAUGGGGGAUUCUCUAGAAGAGUCCAGAAGGGGCCUGGAGGUCUGGAGGGUAAUAAUAUUCCAGCUUCUAGUGACUAGAUUACUGGAGAUGGGGCCAUGAUCCAGGGAGGGAUUCUGAGUGUAGAUCUGGAGUCAGGAAGGAAUUUCUUUCCCUAAGUGUCUCUCUCCAUCCACAGGAUUACACCAUAGUGAAGAAGACAUCGGGGGUGACUCCCAUCAUCCAUGAGUCAGGAGGGUGGAGCAGGACCCCCAUCACAGAGCCUCCCCCCCUGAUACAUGAGCAGAAGAUCCUAGAACUCACCCACAAGAUGAUGGAGCUUCUGACUGGAGAGGUUCCUGUAAGGUGUCAGGAUGUGGCGGUCUAUUUCUCCAUGGAGGAGUGGGAGUAUGUAGAAGGACAGAAGGAUCUGUACAAGGAUGCCAUGAUGGAGGCUCCCCGGCCUCUGACAUCACCAGAUGGAUCCAGGAGCAGAAAUCCCCCGGAGAGAUGUCCCCGUCCUCUGUAUUCCCAGGACUGUCCAGAGGAGAAGCUCCCAGAGAACCAUCAGGAUGAAAAUCCGAUUGUUAUUAAGGUUGAGGUUAAAGAUGAAGCAGAAGAGGAGACGGAUUUAUGGGGCGAUCAGCAGUAUGGACUCAUAGAAGGAAAUCCCUCCGAGAGAUGUCCCCGUCCUCUGUAUUCCCAGGACUGUCCAGAGGAGAAGCUCCCAGAGAACCAUCAGGAUGAAAAUCCGAUGGAUAUUAAGGUUGAGGUUAAAGAUGAAGCAGAAGAGGAGACGGAUUUAUGGGGCGAUCAGCAGGAUGGACUUAUAGAAGGAAAUCCCCCCGAGAGCUGUCCCCAUCCUCUGUAUUCCCAGGACUGUCCAGAGGAGAAGCUCCCAGAGAACCAUCAGGAUGAAAAUGUGAUGGAUAUUAAGGCUGAGGCUAAAGCUGAAGCAGAAGAGGAGAUGGAUUUAUGGGACGAUCAGCAGGAUGGAUUCAUAGAAAGAUGUCCCCGUCCUUUGUAUUCCCAAGACUUUCCAGAGGAGCAGCUUCCAGAGAACCAUCAGGAAGAAGAUCUGAUUACUAUUAAAGUGGAGGAUGAAGAAGAGCAGAUGAUGGGUGAUCCCCCGUAUAAGUUUGAAGCGGAGGAGGACAUUCCAGUCCAUGUGACCACAGAUCUAGCAUAUAAUCCACCUAAUCAAGAGGAACCUUCUCCUGAGCUAUCACAGAUUGUUACUACAAGUACUGGGAAGAAAGGGGGUGCAAAGUUUCAAUGUGGGGAAUGUGGGAAACAGUUUAGAUAUAGUGCAGGUCUUUCUGUACACAGAAGAUGUCACACAGGAGAGAAGCCAUAUUCAUGUUCAGAAUGUGGGAAAUGUUUUAGACACAAAUCACAUCUUGUGAUACAUGAGAAAAGACACACAGGAGAGAAGCCAUAUUCAUGUUCAGAAUGUGGGAAAUUGUUUAUAAGAAAAGCAGAUCUUUUCUAUCAUGAGCGAGUUCACACAGGAGAGAAGCCAUAUUCAUGUUCAGAAUGCGGGAAAUGCUUUAGAAGCAAAUCGGAACUUGUUGUACAUCACAGAAUUCACACAGGAGUGAAGCCAUAUUUUUGUUCAGAAUGUGGGAAAUGUUUUAGAUAUGUAUCAAAUCUUGUGAAUCAUAAGAGAGUUCACACAGGGGAGAAGCCGUAUUCAUGUUCAGAGUGUGGAAAAUGUUUUACAAAGAAAGUGUAUCUUGUUAUACAUGAGAGAAUUCACACAGGAGAGAAGCUAUAUUCAUGUUCACAAUGUGGUAAAGGCUUUAUAAAGAAAUCAUGUCUUGUUACACAUAAGGUAAUUCACACUAAAGAGAAGCUAUAUUCAUGUUCAGAUUGUGGCAAAUGCUUUACAUAUAAAUCAGAGUUUUUAAGCCACAAGAGAAUUCACACAGGAGAAAAGCCAUAUCCAUGUACAGUAUGUGGGAAAUGCUUUAAAAGUAAAUCAAAUCUUGUUAAACAUGAAAGACUUCACACAGAAGAGAAGCCAUAUUCAUGUUCUAAUUGUGGGAAAUGUUUUGCAACUAAAUCAGAUCUUUUAAAACAUGAAAGAAUUCACACGGGAGAGAAGCCAUAUUCAUGUUCUAAUUGUGGGAAAUGUUUUACAACUAAAUCAGAGCUUUUAAAACAUGAAAUAAUUCACACGGGAGAGAAGCCAUAUUCAUGUUCUAAUUGUGAGAAAUGUUUUGCAACUAAAUCAGAGCUUUUAAAACAUGAAAGAAUUCACACGGGAGAGAAGCCGUAUUCAUGUUCUAAUUGUGGGAAAUGUUUUGCCACUAAAUCAGAGCUUUUAAAACAUGAAAGAAUUCACACGGGAGAGAAGCCAUAUUCAUGUUUAGAAUGUGGGAAGUGUUUUAGAACUAAAACAUAUCUUGUUAACCAUGAAAGAAUUCAUACAGGAGAGAAGCCGUAUUCAUGUUCUAAUUGUGGGAAAUGUUCUGCAACUAAAUCAGAUCUUUUAAAACAUGAAAGAAUUCACACAGGAGAGAAGCCAUAUUUAUGUUCUAAUUGUGGGAAAUGUUUUGCAACUAAAUCAGAUCUUUUAAAACAUGAAAGAAUUCACACAGGAGAGAAGCCGUAUACAUGUUCAGAAUGUGGGAAGUGUUUUAGAACCAAAACGUAUCUUGUUAAUCAUGAAAGAAUUCACACUGGAGAGAAGCCGUAUUCAUGUUCUAAUUGUGGGAAAUGUUUUGAAACUAAAUCAGAUCUUUUAAAACAUGAAACAAUUCACACAGGAGAGAAGCCGCAUUCAUGUUCUAAUUGUGGGAAAUGUUUUGCAACUAAAUCAGAUCUUUUAAAACAUGAAAGAAUUCACACGGAAGAGAAGCCAUAUUCAUGUUCAGAAUGUGGGAGGUGUUUUAAAACUAAAACAUAUCUUGUUAGACAUGAGCGAAGUCACACAGGAGAGAAGCCGUAUUCAUGUUCAGAAUGUGGGAAAUGUUUUAUAUAUAAAUCCCAUCUUGUUAGACAUAAGCGUAGUCACACAGGAGAGAAGCCAUUUUCAUGUUCAGAAUGUGGGAAAUGCUUUACAAAUAAAUACAAUCUUGUUCUACAUCAGAGAAAUCACACAGGGUAAAACCAUUUUGAUGAUUUG